GUUGUUAUUGGGCCAUCAAGCCCAACCUAAGUUUAAGAAAUAAUAGGGUUUUGUAUGCAUCUCUCGCUCUCUGGUUCCUCGCAGUGAAGCUUCUCCAAGAGACAAGAUGGCUGUUCCACUGCUUACCAAGAAGAUUAUCAAGAAGCGUGUCAAGAGGUUCAUUAGGCCUCAAAGUGACAGGAGAAUAUGUGUCAAGGAAAGUUGGCGCAGGCCAAAGGGUAUUGACUCACGUGUUAGGAGAAAGUUCAAAGGAGUUACUUUGAUGCCAAACAUUGGUUAUGGUUCAGACAAGAAGACCCGCCACUAUCUGCCUAAUGGUUUCAAGAAGUUUGUUGUCCACAAUGUCAAGGAUCUAGAACUCCUCAUGAUGCAUAACAGGACAUAUUGUGCUGAGAUAGCACACAACGUAUCAACAAGGAAAAGAAAGGAUAUCGUUGAACGUGCAGCACAAUUGGAUGUUGUUGUCACAAACAAACUGGCCAGGCUGCGCAGCCAAGAGGAUGAAUGAUUGCUUUUCCAAUAUAUUUCAAAUUUAUUUGCUAUUAUUGUUUCUUGUAUGGACAUGACAGAAUAUCCUCAGCAAUGUUGUCUGAUGAAUUCCAGUUUUUGAAUCUAAAGUUUAGUAUUGACAGCAGGAGUUAUGAUUAUUGAGUCUUUUUACAUUGUCA